AUGGCAAACACAAUCAAUACUAACACAUCUGCACUUGCGCUCACUAGCGCAAACUGCAACCUUGACGGCUUGACAAACGCAAAACUGCGUGAAGCUACACAGGAUGUUUUCAACAGCUACUCUGCUAUUGAUACAUCCAUGGGCGCACUUGCGUUCUCUAUGCGCAAAGUCCGUGAUUGUUUUAAGGGCGUCGAAAAGGGCGAAAAACUUGACGGCUAUGCGAAUUUCGCGGAAUUUGCCGAGAAACGUCUUGGCGUGAAAAAGGCACAGGCAUACAAUCUUGCUAAAGCCGGUGACUUUCUCCGGCCUGUAAAAAUCGGUGCAGAUGGCGAAUAUCAGCGCACGGUAUUUGUGGACAGAUGGACACAAGUCCGUUUGAAACUCAAUGGCAGGGACGUUUACGAAUUGACCGAAAGUCAAUUGAAGUCAUUUUCGAAUACCGCGCUUCUGCGUAUGGCGGAAUUCAUUCAGACCGCAGAAAAGAAAUAUUCUUUAUCCGCAGAAGAUGCGGACAAGAGAAUCAGCGAAUUGGUGAAAAAGGGCGAAAUCACUCCGGAAAUGUCUGUCAACGAAAUCAUGAAAAAGUUGAUUCCGGUGCAGAUUGAAUCAAAAGCAACGGAGAACACCGAACCGGAGAACACCGAACCGGAGAAC